AGAAAACCCGGAACGGUUGAAGCCUCGCCCUCACUCCCGACCCCUCCUCUCCGGGAGAGAGAACUCGAGAUUCCCCUCCCGAUGUCCGCCUUCCCCGUUCUCCAACACCACCUCCUCUUCCUCCGUCCCCGCCUCCAUCUUUCAUUCAUACCAUUCUCCCCUCGCCUGCGCCGCCGCCUUUUCUUCUCCGCCGCCUCCGUUCAAUGUUCCUCGUCCUUGCCCUCCUCCUCCUCCUCCACUGCAUCUCGAGACGACAUCGAUGAGGUUGCGGAGCCGCCAGGCGUCCCGCCGCCGCCUGGUUCCGGGAGGGAGACGCAACAGCUCAUUGAUGUUAACCCUCCAAGGGGAACGAGGGAUUUCCCUCCGGAGGACAUGAGGCUUCGGAACUGGCUCUUCCAACAGUUCAGGGAGGUGUCUCGGAUUCUAUCUUUCGAGGAGGUUGAUUUCCCGGUCCUCGAGUCUGAGGCUCUUUUCAUUAGGAAAGCUGGGGAGGAGAUCACCCAACAGCUGUACAAUUUUGAGGACAAAGGGGGUCGCCGUGUUGUCUUAAGGCCUGAAAUAACCCCUUCACUUGCACGACUUGUUAUAAAGCAGGGCAAAUCAGUCUCUCUUCCAUUAAAAUGGUUUACCAUAGGACAAUGUUGGCGAUAUGAACGGAUGACAAGAGGAAGACGUCGAGAACAUUACCAGUGGAAUAUGGAUAUAAUAGGUGUUUCUAGAGUUCGGGCUGAGGCUGAACUUGUUAAUGCUAUAGUUCUCUUAUUUGAGCGGCUUGGGAUAACUUCAUCAGAUGUGGGAAUCAGAGUCUCUAGCCGAAAGGUUCUCCAGGCAGUGUUGCAAAUGUAUGCUAUACCAGAACGUCUAUUUGCAGAAGUUUGUGUGAUUGUUGACAAGUUGGGAAAAAUUACUAAAGAAGAGGUUGAAAAAGAACUCAUGAGUGCUGGGGUAACUUCAGAAGCUGUCAAGGGGAUCGUUGAAGUUCUCUCUCUUACAUCAUUAGACAAACUUGAAGCGGUACUGGGUUCUGAUGUUGAAGCUAUUGCUGAUUUGAAAAAGUUUUUUUCACUUGCUGAGCAUUACGGUUAUUCUCAGUGGAUUACUUUUGAUGCAUCUGUAGUCCGUGGACUUGCCUAUUAUACAGGAAUAGUAUUCGAGGCCUUUGAUAGAGAAGGCAAACUACGGGCGAUUUGUGGUGGAGGAAGGUAUGACCAGCUGCUGUCCACAUUUGGAAGUGAUGACAUUCCCGCUUGUGGGUUUGGGUUCGGAGAUGCAGUUAUAGUGGAAUUGCUAAAGGAAAAAGGGCUUCUGCCUGAUCUGGGUCGCCAAGUAGAUGACAUUGUAUUUCCACUGGAUGAGGAGCUUGAAGGACAAGCCUCCAUGGUCGCCUCCGCCCUCAGAAGAAAAGGCCAUAGUGUUGACCUUGUAGAAGAUAAACGCCUUAAAUGGGUUUUUAAGCACGCCGAACGAGUCAAUGCAAGCAGGCUUAUCUUGGUUGGGAACUCUGAGUGGCAACGAGGUAUGGUUCGUGUCAAGGUCCUAUCGACCAGAGAAGAAUACGAAACUAAAAUCGAUGAACUUAACUGAGUGUUAUAGCUGAUUGGUUAUUUCUGGGCCUUCAUCCUUGUCGAUUAGUGAACCUUUCCUAUUUAUAGAAUUGCUGCCAAUAACAGGUGUGAGUUUUCUCUUAGUGGAUUGCUACAUUGAUUGUUACCCACUCCCAUCAUUUCUAGUCGAUUUGGUUGAGCCUCAUUUUUGUACAAGCGCAAUGUAUUAUGUUGAAAUACAAGUCUUAUGUACCUCAUACUGCACCUUCCAUCUUUUAAAUAUGUGCCUGUUAUUUGUUCUUUCUCCA